AUGGUUCCUAGUAUGACGACGUCGUUGUUUAGGGGAGGGGAAGAGGAAUCAUCUUUAGAAAUUGGAAAUUUUAGGGAAGAUAGCAGGGUGGAAGUUCCGAUUAAUCAAGGUGGAGAUGGAGAUGGAGAUGGUCAAACGGUGAGAACGGGUAAUAUGCAGAUACCGAUUGAUAUCACGAGGGCAUUGAGAAUUUCGGAUGAUUUGCUAGCGAAUUCUUCAAACCGUUCGAGUUCAAGUUCGAGGGAAAGAGAUGGGGGUGUUGUGCCUGUAUGGUCGCCUUCCACUUCUAGUUUCCCGGAGAUGUUUGUUGGAGAAGAUACGUCUUAUUUGUAG